GAACAUGGCGGCCAUCAUCAGGAUCACAACGUUUGAUAUCUUCUUUUUGGUUUCUCCGUGAAAGACUUUCYAUGAGAUGAAGAGCAUUUAUCGAGAAAGGUGGAUGAAAGAGUUUUAAAGUCUAUCGUCAUGGUAUCAUGAAGAAAUAUAGAAAAUGUUUUCUGUUGAUGUGUGUGUUGAUGUGUUGCUACGAAUGCUCGAUCCGAGGAGUUGAAGCUUCAUCAAACCAUACCAGAGAAAUAACAAUACCUGCAGAAUCCUGCAUUCAAAGUCCAGUGAGACAAAACGUGACGCUCCAGGGUGGUAUAGAGGCAGGAGUUUUCACAAAGAUCGCACAAUUCGUGGCCAUGCAGCUUUGUAUCCGGAUGUGCUGCGACCAGAAAGGAUGUGACGUUGCACUGUUGUCUGGCAAGAAUUGUUACGGUGUUCAGUGUUAUAGUGAGGAAUCGUGYAAAGCUGUUCCAGCGAAGAAAGCGCCAUCAUCRUUGAUGAUAUCUCACGUGACCAUUAAAGGAGAGGGAGGAAUCGCUGCACCUAGCAACCUCUCCAAUCCCAUACCACAUAACUUAAAAUGUACAGUGAAGGAUCCAGAAUAUGGCGUGACUUUGAUUGGUGGACUGAAGKCUGGUAACUUCACUGAUGUCGGCAAAGUGGAAAACAUUAAUGCUUGCACAAGACUGUGUUGUGUAUCAGAAAAAUGUAACUUGGCUUUGUUUAUUAAAGGGAACUGUUUCUUAGUCUCUUGUUUUACGRAAGACUUGUGUAAGACAGUUAAAACCGAAACGAGGAAUUAUCGACCGACUGUGGCGUACGUCCGAAGAUGGACGACAGCGCUUGCUUUGGAAUCGGCUCUUACUCUUAGUACGCUACCUGCCACAGACUCCAAAUUGAGCUGCAAAAAUAGCGACAUAAGACACAACUCUACACUAAAAGGAGGUUACAGGGCAGGAAAUUUUACAGACCUUGGAAAAGUGUCCAACAUGUCUACUUGCAUUCGCUAUUGCUGUGGACGGAGAGAUUGCGAUGUCGCUAUGAUGUUAGAGCUUAGUUGCUAUGCAGUGCAUUGCUUCUCGGAAAAGCAUUGCAAACCAGUUACAGCCAGAAAAUCUGUUAUUCUGAGCUCUUUGAAUCCGAAGCUGUCUUAUAUAACUAGUAGAACCGAAGAGGUUCUUCCAAAACAUAUUCCACUGGAGGAUGGAGCCUAUUGUCAGCCCUCAUUGAUCUCAUAUGAUGUUACACUCAAAGGAGGAGUCAAAGCAGGGUCUUUUACACCAUUGGGUCAAGUAGAUAGUAUUCAGACAUGUAUCAGCUUAUGUUGUCAGCGGCCUUCUUGUGACGUAGCAUUCAUGCUGAAGACAACGUGUUAUUCGAUUAAGUGUGCCAGUGAAGACGUUUGCGAGCAAGUGCCCGCCCGUGUUUCUGAAUACAGUCCACGAUUAUCGUACGUACGACGAUAUACAGAUAAUGACAUUACAAAAGAGCAAAAGUUGACCAUGAUGGGAUACUUAACAAAAACAAAUGAUACUACACCAAGUGAAGAMMACAGUGAAGAUCACUACUGCACAGAGAGUGAAAUAAUGUACAACGUCACGCUUCGAGGUGGAAUAGCAUCAGGACGAUUUCGUGACAGAGGCAAAGUACCGACUAUUAAAGAAUGUGCGGAGAUUUGCUGCAUUGCCAAGGAAUGCGACCUAGCAUUUAUGUUAAAGAAACAAUGUUUCUCUGUCUCCUGUUCAAGCCAAUCACUUUGCGAUGUUGUCAAAGCCAAGUCGUCGGUAUUUAAUCCAACUAUAGUUUAUAUUUAUGYCAGAACAAUAAACAAUAUGAAAGGAAUAAAGCGACGAAAAAAGAGACUCAAGUAUAGGAGUGCGGUUACGRAAACAUAUGACAUGGUUGUAACGGAAAGCGACCUCAGAAAAAGACUAAAGACUUUUGAAAAUGAGCUCAUAACUACAGGGGUAGGAGGAUACGCAGAAGAAGACUUGAUGACGGAGAUAAGCAACGUGCGUCCACUGGAUUGCGAUCAUGGACCAAUCACAACCAACGUAGCAUUAAAGCAUGAGCUACGUGCUGGCAAGUUCUGGAGACUGGGAAUGGCAAUCGACAUGCCAACUUGUAUUCAACUAUGCUGCGAGAAAGAAGACUGCGAAAUGGCAUACAUGCCAGGCAACCACUGCUAUGGUGUCGAUUGCUUUAGUGAAAAGCAUUGUGAAGUUACUGGGGUGAAACCUAAGAAUCUUACAGUAAGAAUUGCUACAGUCAGACCCAUUGUGAAGAAUGAGGGAGUCGGGGAAAUGUUUGAAAUCGAGGAUCCAUCGACCAAAGAAGAACUUCACUGCACUCAGAGCCCUAUCCUCRCCAACGUCACCCUCAGGGGAGGAGUGAAAGCAGGCAAAUUUAGUGACAUGGGUGACGUAGAAGGGAUGCAUAUGUGCACAGCACUAUGUUGUGCCCGGAAGUCAUGUGACCUUGCCUUUAUGAUCAGUAGCACAUGCAUUGCUGUGGAUUGUUAUAGCGAGGAGCUGUGUCAGGCAGUAAGGGCUAGGCCAACAGCAUACAAUCCGCGGAUUUCUUAUGUUAGAAAACGGGAAUAUCAGAGAUCAGGAAGAAAGGCCAAUGUACUUCCAAUAAAACCAGUGCCACGACAGGAAAUAAUCAGCGAUCUCUUGCCACAUCGCACAAUAUUGAAAACCAGCACAUGCUCUGCCGUGAAAAUCCAUCGUAAUGUAACUUUACUUGGAGGAAUCAAGUCAGGAAAUCUGACCGCACUUGGAAAGACGAAAAACAUGCAAGAAUGCAUCGGCAAGUCAUGUGAUCUUGGUACAGGUGACCUAGCUUUUAUGUUGGGCAACGACUGCUAUUCCAUCACGUGUUACAGUGAUCGCGUGUGCCAGACUAUUCCAGCAAAGCCGUCACUCUUUACUCCACGAUUAGCCUUCCUGAAGUGGUCCCCAAAAGAAAACGAAACAGAAGCGCUUCUUGAAGAUCAUACAGUUAAAAGACAAAUCCCCCACUGCACCAGAAGCCACAUCUUAUACAACCAUACCGUACUCGGAGGUCUGCGAGCCGGCAAUUUUACAAAGAUUGCCGAGGUUGACAGCAUUGAGACAUGCGCAGCACUCUGUUGUGCAGAAAACACAUGUGACUUGGCCUUGAUGCUUGGUGAGAACUGCUAUGCAGGGGACUGUGCAAGUAAGGAACUGUGUAAACCGAUUCCUGCUAUACAGUCUUCCCAGAUAGCUUACAUUACAUCAAGAAAGAACCGAGACAAUAGUCUAGAUUGGAGCAUGUGGUACCUCGUUGUUGGUACUAUCGCAAUCAUUCUUGGAAUAYUUGGAAUAACGUGGACAGUCUUUACAUGUUACUCACGCAGAAGAAAACGCAGAACAAAAGAACAGGAAGCGGAUAGGUUUGGAAUGAUGGACCAGUAUGGGCACUCGAUACAAUCUAUGCAGAUGUUACCUCAAGAUAAAUACAUGACAAGUGGGCCGCUAUUUCUGAGUGAAACAGAAAGUGAUUCAGAAGACGACCCGGAGCCACCACCCAUACAAAGAAAGAGUCUCCCUACAGGGGUAUCAUUUCCUAAUAUAGCACCUCCUCCCUAUAGCAAAAGCCCGCUUAGGUAUGGCAACCAAUCAGUAGAUUCAUCCAGGAUGAAAAGAUCGAUGCAGAAUCUUUAGCACACACAAGAGAAAUUACCAAAUAUCAAUUGCUACUGCAAUGAAGAUCGUAAAACAUGACAUAAGGCUAAACAUUGAUAAGUAAACGCGGAACCUUAAUCGAGAUUAUAAAAUUUACACCAAUUUCUUAUGUAUUAAGCGGUUUUUGUAAGAGAUAAUGACAAUAACAAUGGCUUCAAAUUAUUUAUCUACCAGUAAUUCAUUCAACAGCGGGUAGUUAAGACUGAUGACGGUAAGACUGUGCGGAUACGAAUUUGCAGUAUCGUUUCCCAUGAACUAAAUUCAUGCGAAAACCACUCUAUAUAAGGUAUAGUAAAGUCAGUGAUACUGAUURUGUGCUUUGAGCAACUUAUACUGUUCGGACAAACUCUAAUUUGAGGGUAAUAGACGGAUUCAAUGAGCAAUAAGCAACAGUUUAUGCUAGAUUGAGCAACAUUUAAAACGUUAACCUCUUCAAGAGGAAAGUUAAUUCAUUGUUAUCUAUAAAUAAUAGAAGUAUGGGGUAAAUUUAUUCAGUAAGAAGUUGUUAAGCUUGUAAUAAAGGUCUUUUUAUACGAA